GGCGAAACGAUAAAUGCCAGCCAAUCAUGCCCCGCACAGAUAUCUCGUCCGUCGCUUUCUGUUACAAACAUCUGCCCCGUAUUUUGGUGAACAGGGGUUGGGUUAUCAAGCCCAAAUAGAGACAAGCGCAUGUGCAUUCACUUUCUGCAUCGCAUAUCUUGGCGGAUGCGGUGGGCACUGAGCAAUACACGCUCGACCAGAUUUCAUUUCCUCAUCAGUGAUUCGGGAUCGGUCUGGCUCAUAUUGGAGCAUCGAAGUCGCCCAAGCGGCCAGAGGAUGGCCUCCCUCAUGGUGUAUAAGUAUCUGCCUGGUCCAUACGGGAAUUUUCAGCUUCGACUAUUUUUCCUUUCCUUUUCAAACAAUCUGACUUCAUGAAGUCCAUCUAUUUGGCAACGGUACUCCUCGUUCUGGUCAGCGCAACCUUCGCUGCACCUAAUCCGAGAUAUAAUCCUACUACCCGUGAAAAACGGAGACGCGGGUCAUCAUCUUGGUCUGGCCGUCGUUCGCUACAGCCUCGAGACAGCUGCCCUGUGCCGGAGGAUGUUGCGGUUGUUGCCCCCAAGGCCAACCCGUUCGUUUCGCUCUCUCAAGACGAGAUAGACAGCGUGGCGAUGUGGCUACACGAUCCAGCUCAAGGUCUCAAUCUCACAAACACGUCAAGUGCGACCAUCUCCCUCAGCGAUAACUACAUCUGGCACGUGGAUGUGCUCAAGCCCAAUAAGUCGGAUGUCCUCUCAUAUCUCGAUGCCAGUGGUGUUGUGCCCAGAUACGCUCGCGUGACACUGAUCGAAGGUGGUCGCGAGGUGCCAAUCGUCGGAGAGUACUCAGUUGGGCCAUUGCCCAUCUCGAACAGUACUCGAAAGGAAGCUUUGGACAAUAUUUACAAUGGACCGAAUGGUGCAAAGCUGCUAUGGAGUGCAGGUCCCGUCGACUCGCUCCGACGUGCUGCCAUUGACAGCUUGAUGAACGCGACACUGGCUCCGAUCGCCGACCUGACUAAUGAUCUUCUUGAAAUGGCAUUCUACGGAUCCAGCGACUCUCGGUCUACCAUGAUAUAUUUCAUGCAGAGUCCUGCAUCCACCGAUGGCGAGAAGAGCGUCUUCUGGAGCCCUUUCAGAAGGAACGGGAUGGAGCCUUGGGACCAACCAUCCGAUCUGUACAUCCAGUUUGAUAUCACCGGUACUGAUGCCUCACAAUGGAGAUCAAUGAAAGUGGUCUACAACCUUGAGGUGUACGACUCCGUGCAGGCUUUCUAUAGUGCAUGGAAAGCUGGAAAUGUUACGAAGACCUCGCCGCCUGCGACCAACAUCGAGUUUCUAUACAAGAAUAAGACAGGGUCCACGCGCGAACUGGAGGAUCGCAUGGCGCCCACAGUUCUGUCUCUUGAUGGGAACAGGUUCAAGGUUGACAAAGAAGAGCAGUACAUUGAGUAUUUAGGUUGGACGUUCUACAUGCGCUUCGACUACGAUGUCGGUGUGCAGUUCUACGACAUCCGAUUCAGAGGCGAGCGCAUCAUGUACGAACUGUCACUACAAGACGCCAUAGCGCAAUAUGCCGGGAACAACCCAUUCCAGGCUGGCACAGCUUACAUGGACCGAUUCUACGGCAUUGGUGCUGCUUCUGUGCGACUUAUUCCAGGAUACGAUUGUCCGUAUCACGCAGCCUAUCUCAAUGGCUCGUACGCAACCACCAAUCAAGAGUCGUAUUCUCAAAUAAAUUCCAUCUGUAUCUUCGAGACUGACAUUGGCACGCCGAUUACACGUCAUAUGAACCCUGUCUGGAGCCAAGCAACCAAGGGCUCCAAACUUAUUGUUCGCAUGAUUGCCACGGUAGGCAACUAUGACUACCUCUGGGACUAUGGAUUUUACGUUGAUGGCACGAUUAGCGUGGAUGCUCAUGCCUCCGGCUACAUCCAAGCAAACUAUUACAGGCCAGACGACGAAGGUCGUUGGGGCCCUCGGGUCGCGGAGACGAUUGCGGGUACACUGCAUACUCACGUCAUGAACUUCAAGGCAGACUUCGAUCUUGUCGACGAGAAGAACUCACUUGUCAAGACCGAGAUCGUGGUGGAGAAUGUCACGCAGCCCUGGUUUGAUGAGUCCUUUGAGAUGAUGCGAUACAAUAUCAGCGACGUCGAGACCGAGGAUGAUGGCUUAAUGGACUUGCCUGCGAACGGGCAGACCAUGUUCACGGUCGUCAAUAAGGACCACACGAACAAGUGGGGCCAGCCUCGUGGGUACCGCAUCUUGCCCGGUUUGUCCAACGUCGUCCUCGCAUCUAAAAGCUCACCCUUUUUCCGCAAGAGCGGGCAGUUCGCUAAACAGCCCAUUGCUGUUUCUCGCCAGCAUGACUCAGAGCCUGCCUCUUCUGCAACCUUGAACCAAAACGUGCCAGAUGCACCCCUGGUCGAGUUCUGGAAAUUCUUCAACGGUGAGUCACUCGUGCAGGAGGAUUUGGUCGCUUGGGUCAAUCUGGGGAUGCAUCACUAUACCCGCAGUGAAGAUAUUCCCAACACUCUGAUGUCUGAGGCGCAUUCCAAUAUCUUCUUCGCACCGCAAAACUGGGGUGACACUGAACUCACCAAGGACCUGGCCAACUCUGUCAUGAUGUAUGCGGAGGGCGCGGACAACGAGAUCGUCAUUGAAACGAAUGGCGUUGAACCGCCUUCUUGCUUGAAUUUGGGUCCGGAAGACUCACUGCUUGGUGUUUUUACUGUGAGCGAGUAGGCACAAGAUUCACUGCAGGGGUAGCCAGGAUGGAUUGGGUUUACAUUCGCGCGGGCAUUCGUUCUCACUGGGAAGUAGAUCUCAGCCCAA